GUGGUCACCAUGAAAGCCAACUUGGUUCUGUUUUUUCUCGUGAUGUCGCCUCAACAAGAAUUGGAGCAAGAGGAGUUGCCUUUGAAAAAGGCCGUGCCCGAGCCCAAUCCCGACGAAGGACCCCCUCAACAGCCUCCCCUGGAACCCGGAAUGGCCCUGACCCCUGAUAUGGACCAAGCCGAUGAUGAUCACGCCGAGGACGACGAGGCCGACGGUGAAGAAGUCUUGGAGGAUUUUGAUCAAGCUGCCUUUCAAGCUCUGGAUCGCCAAUUGGACGCCUUAGAUCGGGCUUUGGAUACGAUUGAGGAGCGCAACGACGAUCUCCAUCAUCAGAUGAAAGAUCUUUUGGGCUCGAACGGACACUCUCGGAGGCAAGACCCGCCCAAUGGGUCGUCCUCAGCCACUUGAAUGAGCCUCACUCACCCCCAAGAGUCUCUUAUGACCGCGUUGAGGGCGUGUGGCCCGGGGAUCGAUUGACCUCGGAAGAAACAUUCGUUUGUCAGACGGGUUCCAGUUAAAUUCAUCAUUCAUAAUGUAUUGAUUGUUACAAGCACUUACGGUAUUGGCCAAUAAUUCAAGGCCGCAUUCUUAUGAUAUCAACUAGCUUUUCGAAUACUAUUUCCAUGGCUCUUGAUGACUCAUUCGGUCGUCAUCUUGGUCAUGAUUUUUCAUUA